AUGAAAUUAUCAAGAAUUGAGUCUUUAUUCUCUGAGUUCGAGGAGUUGCAAAACCAGAUCGAGGAGAAAAUAGCAGCCUCUGAUCUAAAUACUGAGUUGAUUUCGCGUGAGCUAAUUGAACAAGAUUUUAAUAACUGCAUUUCUAUUGGUCGUAGUUUAGUGCAAAGGGGCUUACAGCCUAACCAACCCAGCCCUCAUUGUUCAAAUAACGAUAGCCAUUUUACUUCAGUUAAUGAAUCCGUGAGUUUUAAGCUGCCUGUAAUACAAAUUCCUAAGUUUGACGGCACAUAUUACAAAUGGUUAGAGUUUAAGGAAACCUUUGGUUCAUUGAUUAAUGACAAUGAUAAAAUUCAAAACAUUCACAAGUUUCAUUAUUUAAUCUCCUAUUUGGAAGGGGAAGCGGCUCGCGUUAUUUGCAACUUAGAAGUUUCACAUCAAAACUACAAUGAGGCUUGGAAGCUCCUCUGCGAGCGAUUUGACAACAAAAGGCAAUUAAUUAGCAAUCAUUUAAAUUCGCUAUUUAAUUUUACCUGUGAGCGAGAGAGCGACAAGUCCUUACGCUUUAUUAUUGAUCACGUAACAAAGAACUUGCGGGCUCUCAGUACUCUGGGAUUGCCUACCGAAAAAUGGGACGUUUUAAUUAUACAUAUUGUGUCUGCUAGGUUAGAUAGCACUACCUCUUUAAAAUGGGAGGAGCAUAGAAAUACUCUCCCUGAAAUUCCUUCGCUUAAGGAUUUAUUCAUUUUUUUAAAGUGUCGCGCAGAUGUUCUUGAGAGCGUUCAUCGUAAUAAAACCAAACAGGUGACGACUAGUAAAGGGCAAACGAAAUCGCUGAUCGUUACUUCUAAAGGCUCUAGUCUAAAUAAUUCUCCUUCCUGUAAACCAUCGAAAAGGACUUUCGAAUGUAUGGUAUGUAAGGGUGAUUAUCGUAUCUUCGAGUGUCCAGAUUUCAAAUCUAAGACUCCUGAAGAGAGGGUUACUACGGCUACAAGAGCUAUAAAUCGGCUAUGUAUCCUGCCCAUAUACGACGCAAGUACUGCUUGA